UUGAAAAGAUCAACAACAUCAGAUUCAAAGUGUCCCCAUUAUAUAAUCCAAUAGUCAUACUGCUUUGAAUCACCACAGCCUCAGCCUCACAUUGCAUGCAAACAGGGUCUGCUGAAGUGCUUUGCUAUCUUUGCUUCCUAUAGUUCAACAUAGCACCAAUAAUUUCUGUAUAAUCUAAACUUAUCCCAUCUCAACAUUUUUUGUCCUGACUAGCAUUAAAGAUGUCCCCUGGAAAGGAAGUAUUUAAGGGAGUGGAAUGGAGGAUAAGGGUGGCUGAUGGCUCAUCCGAGGUUUUGGUUCCAGCUACAGGGUUUGCAAGAAAGACCUGGCGAGUAAUUAAAGGUCUAAUUUCAGGAUUGGCUUUGAAAGUGUGGAUGUUCCUGAAGAGAGCAUGGGCCAUCGCGGCUAAUGAUCCUAGAAAAGUGAUCCAUUGCAUUAAGGUAGGACUGGCACUCACAAUUGUAUCACUGUUCUACUUUAUGAGGCCUUUGUAUGAUGGUGUCGGAAGGAAUGCUAUGUGGGCUGUUAUGACAGUUGUAGUAGUAUUUGAGCCAACCGUUGGCGAGACCCUAUACAAAUGCAUGAACAGAGUUUGUGGAACUUUUCUAGCUGGAUUUCUUGCUGUUGGGGUACACUGGUUUGCCAGUCGGUCAGGAGAGAGAUUUGAGCCAUUGGUUAUGGGAGCCUCAGUUUUCCUAUUAGCUUCUGCGGCAACCUUCUCUAGACUCAAUCCAUCAGCAAAAUCACUGUUUGAUUAUGGUGCCAUGAUCUUCAUCCUCACUUUCAGUUUCGUUGCAGUAUCAGGCUAUAGGGUGCAUAAAUUGUUUGACCUGGCCCAUCAAAGAAUAUCCACCAUUAUCAUUGGUACUUCCUUGUGCAUUCUUGUAAUCAUGCUUGUCUGCCCCAUUUGGUCUGGUCAGGAGCUCCAUAGCCUGAUUGUUCACAACAUGGAUAAACUCGCUGAUUCCCUUGAUGUUUGUGCGACACGGUAUUUUAAUCACAGUGGGGAGUGCACCAACAGCAAUGAAGAGGCUGAUAAAAAAUUGCAAGGCUACAAGUGCGUGCUAAGCUCCAAGGCAACAGAAGAAUCAAUGGCAAAUUUUGGCAGGUGGGAACCUUCCCAUGGCCAGUUCAAUUUCCGGCACCCUUGGAAACAAUACCUGAAAAUUGGGGCUUCAAUGCGCUGUUGUGCUUACUGCAUAGAGGCUCUCAGCAGUUGCAUCAAUUCGGAAAAUAAGGCUGCUGAAUCAAUAAAGAAGCAUCUAAGCAGUAGUUGCUUGAAAGUGAGCUCUAGCUCUUCAAGUGCCAUAAGAGAGCUAGCAGAAACUGUCAAGACAAUGAAGAAGUCAUCUAUUGUAGAUUUGUUGGUCGGAGAAAUGAAUAGUGCAGUACAAGAACUCCAGAAUGACUUAAAAUCUCUUUCUUAUUUGCUGAAUCCAUCAACAACUCCGGAAAAGAAAAAAUUGGAGACAGCCUGCAUAGAAGCAACAACCACAGUCCCUCUCAUGGAAUUCAUACCAGUGGUGACUUUGGCUUCUAUACUAAUUGAAAUUGCAGUGCGGAUUGAAGCCGUUGUCGAUGCUGUGGAAGAACUAGCCAAGUCAGCUGAAUUCAGAAUCGAUGAUGAUGACAAGUCCAAGCAAAGCAAAAUAAAAGAUAAAAUUGUAUCAGAAGAAGAGAAAAUUGAGGGAACCACGAAGGCUCUUCAAAGGGUCUGAGACCGUGAGUUCCCAUGUAAAUU